UCAUAUCAGGGCAAUCAAGUAAGCCCUUAAACUAAUCCCCAAAUCUCAGAAUUUCAACCGCCUAAACCCAGGAUGGAACAAUAUUCUCAUCUCUCUUAACUAGAGAGAUAUAGAUAUAGGAGAAAUUUGUUGCAUUUCUUGAAAAUCUCCUCACAUCCAUUAUGCAAUUGAAAACCAUAAACACCUUCGCUGUGACACUGAUGUUAACCGCUGCGGUGAUCAUCCUCUUCUCCACUGGAUUUCUCGAAUUCCCAGCUGCCGAUUCCGCAGUCCCAUCACCUAAAGAUUCGAUCUUCUACUCUCUUUCGAAAUCCGAUUCGCCGGAGCCCUUCAGAGAUUUGUUCGGAGCGUUCAAGAAAUGGGAUUCCGAGGUGGGCUGCGCCCAAUUUAGGGAAACACACCGAGAUUUACUGGUGAAUGGGUCAAAGAUGUCGUCCUUGCAGAAUGCGGAGGGGGGAAUCGAGUGUGGUGAGCUGCAGAUGAAGCAUGUCAGGGUUCUGGUCAAAGGGUGGACUUGGGUUCCUGACAAUAUGGAUAAUUUGUAUAGCUGUAGAUGCGGGUUGAGCUGUUUAUGGACCAAAUCUUCUCUUCUUGCUGAUAUGCCUGAUGCCCUUUUGUUUGAAACAACAACUCCCCCAAUUCUGAGACGGGAUGGGGAUCCACUUCGGGUGUAUAUGGAUCUUGAAGCCGGUAGGAAGAGGUCAGGCAAUGAGGAUAUAUUUAUUAGUUAUCAUGCUAGAGAUAACGUCCAGUCAACUUAUGCUGGGGCAGUUUUUCAUAACAAUCGAAAUUAUCAAUUAUCUUCUGAUAAGAACAAUGACACACUUGUCUAUUGGUCUUCGUCUCGCUGCUUACCUCAAAGGAAUCAGCUUGCCAAAAGGAUACUCAGCCUGUUACCCACCCACUCUUUUGGGAAGUGCCUGAACAACGUUGGAGGCCUCGACCAGGCACUCUCCUUCUACCCCGAGUGUGUGAAGGAUCCCAACGAGAAACCCAAAUGGUGGGAUCAUCUACAUUGUGCCAUGUCCCACUACAAGUUUGUCCUUGCAAUCGAGAACACCAUGACAGAGAGCUAUGUGACGGAGAAACUAUUCUAUGCUCUCGAUUCUGGGGCGGUUCCCAUAUACUUUGGUGCCCCAAACAUCUGGGACUUCAUACCUCCUCAUUCCAUAAUAGACGGGACACAGUUCAGUUCCAUCGAGCAGCUGGCUUCCUACGUAAAGUCCUUAGCUAAUGAUCCCGUUGCUUAUGCUGAGUAUCACUCGUGGAGGAGAUGUGGCGUUUUCGGUAACUACGGAAAGACUCGUGCAGCUAGCCUCGACACGCUGCCUUGCAGACUGUGUGAACAAGUGAGCAAGAUGAAUGGGAGAGAUGCAAAAGCUUUGUAGCAGCAGCUGUUCUAGUUGGAAUAUGUUGAUUUUUGUUGUCAUUUUGAUCUGCUAGAAUUUUUAGAGUAUAUAUAAUAUAUAUAUAUAUAUAUAUAUAACCAUUGGAAAUGAGAUGUAGAAAAACAUGAAGAUUGACAAAUCAAUUUAUACAGAAAUUUUGCUUAGAUUUUGAACUCUAUAGCAAGCUGAUUUGUUAUCUUUGCAGUGAGCUAUUCUUUAUUUCAGCAAUUUGAAUGUUGGUUUAGUUUGAU